AUGCCGCGGCGUCGUCUACUGCUGCUGCAGUUGAUACGUCCCCUGUCGCUGCCACGCGGGGGCGCACCUGCUGCGCGUGUCCACUCCGUGUGCGCACCGACGAUCGCGCGCGCGUUCGCCUGCGCCAGUCGCUCCCCCGCGACGUCCACUGGUCGCAGCAAAAGCGCUCGGAGCCAACUGGUGCUCGCGUUGCGCACGUUCUACGCCCUCGAAGCGCACUUUGCAGUGCCGUUCAGCUUUGUCGUGCCGCCGACCGACGAGUGGCCACUGGAGGUGCACGAGAUGCCGCUGGGCGCAAAGGUCCAUCGGUUCAUGCAGUCGCUCAAGACCGACGCGACGGCAGUGGCUCUGUCCGAGCCAAAGAACAAGCCAACGCUCAAGCAGAUGCAAGAGCUGCAGGCCAUGGGCUUCCCCUUGGCCUCGUGGCACGAGUACCAGUUCCAACAAGUGUGUCUGCCGGCCUUGACGACCUACGCAGCGCUCUAUGGCCACCUGUUUGUGCCGCAGAAGUUUGUCGUGCCACCCCGAUCCAACGAGGCCGCGGCGUUGUGGCCGCGUGCGACACAUGGGUACAAAUUGGGCCUUGCAGUUGCCAAGAUGAGGAAACAAGCGCAGCAGGACAAGCAGCAAAGGAGAGAGCGCAAGGACAAGAAGCUGCGGUUGGGCAGUCCGGCGUUGCCGCCCUUGCCAAAGCACCAGGUGGAUGCACUGAACGAGCUCGGGUUCGUGUGGAGAGUUGGAGAUACCAAGUGGCAUACGUUCUUUCUGCCCGGUUUGAGGCGGUACCGGGAGCUGUACGGCCAUGUAGACGUACCGCUGACGUUUACGAUCCCGUCUCACGACAAGGACCCGAGGUGGCCGGAUGAACUCAAGGGAUACAAGCUCGGACGCCAGGUGGUCAUGGUGCGUGCAGGGGGCUAUGCAACGCAAGUUCGAGAUAGCAGGAAGGAGUUGGAGGAUCUGGGAUUCUCGUUUCGACUCAGUGACAAGGCGUGGGCCGAAAGCAUCUUUCCUGCGCUUGUAGUCUUCUCCGAGCAGUAUGGCCACUGCAAUGUAGGGCAGGAUUUUGUCGUGCCUUCGAAGGAGCCUUGGCCUCAGGACUCAUGGGGAAUGAAGCUGGGGAACACGGUGAAAAACAUGCGACGCGGCGCAUUUGAUGCUCAAGUACACGCAUUCCGAAAAGAGCUCGACGCUCUAGGUUUUGUCUGGAAUGCGUGCCACCGCGUCGAGAAGACCGUCCGCAGUGUGGUCAUUCCGGCACUGACCACGUACCGGAGACUCCACGGCAACGACGCUCUUGUGACGACGGACUUUAUCGUACCCGACCGCGACCCUAACUGGCCGGUCCCCACGCGGGGCUUCAAACUUGGCCAAUGGAUCACACGAGUACGCUCGGGCAAAGUUGCACUGUCGCCUCAAUUGCGUGCAGAGCUGGAUGACGUUGGCUUUGUUUGGCAUGCUAACGAUCAGCGUUGGCACGAUAUUAUCCUACCAGCUUUCCAAGCGUAUGCGAGUCUGCACGGUGGUACUUGUGCUUCGAUGAGCACAAGGUAUUUCGUGCCGCCUGAAGCGCCGUACCCACGCGCAGCCUGGGGCGUGAAUUUAGGUGGCGCUCUGUGGCACAUUCGCAAUGGCGACUCGUACGUGAACUGCGAAGACAAGCGGCAACAAAUGCGUGAGCUUGGCAUUCUGGUUGAUGGUGAUGCGGCAUAA